GUUGCAUUGCUGCUUCCUAUAGGCGGCAGCCAUAUGUGGGAUGCAGAGGCAGAUGGCUAUGCCUGUGGUGGUGUUGUGGCCUCGAAGGUUCUCGGCACGCUGAGCUCGGCGUUGCAAGACAGGGACCGUAUUGAAUGCAGAAUCCGUGAAACUGGUGUAAACCAUGAUGGCCGGACCCGUGGGAUA